CUGACUACAUGCUCUACAGAACGGCUGAGGACGGUUGCCUGGUGUCAUUAGCAAGCGGCAAGUAUGGCGGUGGCGCGAGUCGAUGGGGCUCUGGCUCCGGGAGAAGGAUCAGUGGUGAACUGGUCAGGGCAAGGACUGCAGAAAUUAGGUGCCAACUUGCCCUGUGAAGCUGAUGUUCAUACAUUGAUUCUGGAUAAAAAUCAGAUUAUUAAACUGGAAAAUCUAGAGAAAUGCAAACAGUUAAUACAGUUGUCAGUGGCUAACAAUCGCUUGGUCCGGAUGAUGGGUGUGGCCAAACUGACUCAACUCAGAGUGUUAAAUUUACCCCAUAAUAGUAUUGGCUGCAUGGAAGGCCUGAAGGACCUAGUCCAUUUGGAGUGGCUGAAUCUAGCAGGCAAUAAUCUGAAGACCAUGGAGCAAAUCAAUAGCUGUACAGCUCUUCAGCACCUUGAUUUAUCAGACAAUAACAUACCCCAGAUAGGUGAUAUAUCGAAAUUGAUAUCUUUGAAGACCUUGCUUUUACAUGGAAACAUCAUCACUUCUCUUAGAAUGGCACCUGCUUAUCUACCCAGAAAUCUUUCUAUAUUGUCUUUGGCAGAAAACGAAAUCCGAGACUUAAAUGAGAUCUCGUUUUUGGCCUCUUUAAGUGAACUGGAGCAGUUAUCAAUCAUGAACAACCCUUGUGUGAUGGCGACCCCGUCCAUUCCAGGGUUUGACUAUCGGCCGUACAUCGUCAGCUGGUGUCUGAAUCUCAGAGUACUUGAUGGAUACGUGAUUUCUCAAAAGGAAAGUCUGAAGGCUGAAUGGCUCUAUAGUCAAGGCAAGGGGAGAUCGUAUCGGCCUGGUCAGCACAUCCAGCUUGUCCAGUACCUGGCUACCGUCUGUCCUCUUAUUUCUGCACUGGGUCUUCAAACUGCAGAGGAUGCCAAACUAGAGAAGAUUCUGAGCAAACAGAGGUUUCACCAGCGCCAGCUGAUGAAUCAGAGCCAAAAUGAAGAGUUGUCUCCCCUUGCUGCUGUUGAAGCAAGGGUGCCCCGGACCCCUGAGUGUGCAAGCCCCGUGCAGGAUGUCCAGGAGCGCGAACCUGUCCUCCAAAUCAAUUCUUGGGUUGGGAUCAGCAGCAAUGACGAACAGUUGUAUGCUGUGAAGAGUAACUUCCCAGCUGCUGCACACGCAACAAGGUAUUCUCGGAACGACCUUCACCUGGAAGACAUUCAGACAGAUGAGGACAAGCUAAACUGUAGUCUGCUCUCUUCAGAGUCCACUUUUAUGCCAGUUGCAUCAGGACUAUCUCCAGUGUCUCCCACUGUUGAGCUGAGGCUACAGGGCAUUAACUUGAGCCUGGAGGAGGAGUAUGGUGCAGAUGAAUUCACAAAAGGGCUGGAAAACCAGGACUCGGAUAAGGACGUGGAAAAGUCUUUAUGGGAUACGAAUGAGAGUUCUGUUCAAAUGCUGAAACAUAAGAUCAGUCCAGAAGCAAGGGAGGAACCUGGGCUGCUACCCUGUCCCAAGUCAGUGGUCGUCAGUGCUCUCUUGAAGGAGGAUAACCACAGUGUUACAUCUCACUCUGAGUCAGUUGGACACAGUGCAUCCCACACAGAACCAACCAGAGAAGAAGUCAUGUCUCCUACCACUUCAGAGAAAUUUCCCUGCAGGAUUUUUACCCAGAGACCUGGUGCUUUGGGUCAAGAUAAAGUCACCGUUCAGAAACUAAAUGCAGCUGCCACUAAGCUUCAGGCCUGUUGGCGAGGCUUUUACACCAGGAACUACGAUCCACAAGCCAAAGGGGUCCGCUAUGAAAUCCGGCUACGCAGGAUGCAGGAGCACAUUGUCGGCCUGACAGAUGAAGUGAGGAGGUUAAGAAAAGAAAGAGAUGAAGAACGUGUGAAGAAUUUUGUGCAAGAGGAGGCUGUCAGGUUCCUGUGGAACGAGGUAAGAUCUCUACAAGCUUGGCAACAGACAGUGGAACAGCGUCUAGUUUCCUGGCAUCCUGAUGUGCCUCCUAUAUCAAGUACUCUGGUGUCACCUAAGCCUCGGUCAUUGCCACCACAUCAGGACCCCUCUUCCGACCAGAAUUCAGAUUGGUUCGUUGCUGAGGAUGAAGGUCCUCGAGGGAAAUCACUGCCAGACUUUCCCGACUCUGGUUUCCACUCCUCCCUGACAGAACAAGUUCACUCUUUGCAGGAUUCUUUGGAUUUUGAAAAGAGUUCUGUAGAAAUCAGCGAAAACUCCUUGUUGGGGAAUUCCGCUGACACAGUGAAAUACAUCAAAGACCCAGACUCAGAGGCCACCGCGGAGGAGCACAGCGACCGCAGUGCCAGCGAGCAGGACGACACCCUGCUCCUACAGUAUUUAACGUCAGUCCAGCAGCUGGACGACGACGCGGAGACUGCGCAGCCUGAUGUGGCAGGGCACGAAAAGCGGCACCUAGCUUGUUCUCCCGAAAGGUUAGAUGCCUCCUCCGACAGUGAGACUCAUAGAGAGUCUCCUGCCUUACAGGAUGAAAUUAGCCAGAUGCCAGAGAGUUGUCAGUUAAACGAAGAAGCCCAGGGGCAGCCUCCGGACUGCGACGCUGCAUGUCAGGCGUUGUGUGCGGGUGUCGCUGUGCAGCCUGUCUGAUUAACUGGGAAGUGGAACUUCACUUGGAUUUCUUUUAUGUUUUCAAGUUUCUUUUUUGUAAGGGAGCAAUCCUUUCCUCUAUUUUGUUAUUGUUUAUAUACAACUUGUAUUCUUGUCCCACACUUUUUAGAUAUUAGCUACUGAACUAUGUCUUCAUUUUUGUUGUACUACUGUACUAAACAAUAUUGAUAUUAAAAGGCAUAUGCACUUUAUUUCUUAAUAAUGACACCAAUAAUGUUUCCUUUACAUCCGUACUGCCUUUCAGAAACAGUUUCUUGAAAUAGUUUUGGUGAUUUAAAGAGGAGAACUUGGUUCUUCUUAACUACAUAGUAAGGGACACAUUGUGUAAGGCAUGACCAGGAUGAGGACUGUGGACAACUGAAAUUUCCCAGGCAGUCUCCUUGGACUAAAACUGUAGUUUGUCACCCUCUGAGUUAAGGAAAGUCUUAUAUAAGAACAUUUAGGGAGAAUAAAGUUGUGUGUGUGUGUGUGUGUGUAUGGUGUGUGUGUGUGUGUGUGUGUGGUGUGUGUGUAUGGUGUGUGUGUGGUGUGUGUGUGUAUAUGGUGUGUGUGUGUGUGUGGUGUGUGUGUGUGUGUGUAUAUAUGGUGUGUGUGUGUGUGUGUAUGGUGUGUGUGUGUGUGUGGUGUGUGUGUGUGCUGGCAGUUAAACUCCGAGCCUCGAGAAUGCAGUGAGCAUGUGCUUUGGCACUGAACUGCUCGCCAAACUCCUAGCUUAUAAGAUUUUUAAGUGGGGUCAUUAAAUUGCCUCAUGACCAACGUUAGCUAAUUUGUGGAUUAGUUUUGAAAUAAAGUAUUCCAUAUAGGAUUACAGGAUUAAAAUCAAGCUUACUUGGGCAAGGCUAUUUCUCCUUGAUAUGGAGAAAGGAGACAUAAGAGUUAUUCCCUCGGAAUCAUGCUGCUCAAAUGUCUCUUUAUUAUGUACUUUUUUAAGGCUAUUGACAUUUAUGUGCCAAUAUUUUGGGAAGAAAUACAUUGUAAGAAAUCAAUAUGUAUUCGUCAUUACGUUCUUGCUUUUAUUUCUAUAUAUACUUCACCAGAAGAGCCAAAGCUACAUUUCACUCUGUGUGUGUGUGUAUGUGUGUGUGUGUAUGUGUGUACCACAAGUUCUACAGCCCUCUGCAUGCUGGGUAAGUUCUGUACCGUGGAGCUGUCUCUCAGUCCUUAUUUCACUUAUGACCUUUGUCCCAUAGUGGAGAACAUUUAAAAUCCUGAUAGACAGGAAAUGUUUUAUUUUUCUAAAGGUUUUUUUUUUUUUUUAUCUGAUCUCUAAAAAGUGCCACAUUUGAAGGACAAUUUACUGGUGACUAAGAAAAAAUAAAUCAGGCUAGCCUAGUGGCACAUGCCUUUAAUCCCAGUACUUGGGAAGCAGAGGCAGGCAGCUUCCUAUGAGUUCAAGGACAACUGGGUUUACUAGUGAGUUCCAGGUCAGCCAGGGCUGCAUGUGAGACCCUGUCUCAAAACAAACAAAAAAAAACCAAGAAAACAGUAAAAGCAGCAGCAGCAACAACGAUAGAAAAGAAAAAAAGAAAAGAAAAUAAUAAAAAAUAUCUUCAGGAAUAAUAAUGUGUUUGAAUGUUAAGGUCUGUCUGUCAAUCAAAGGUGACAUUUAGGCAUUGUAUUUCUUAGAAUGUCCGGCUGCCAUUAAGUAGCACAGAACAGAUCUGAUUGUUCCAACCGUGGGCAAGCAACUGUUUAAAAUUCUGACAGUACUUCUGUUCUCUAAACUCAGGUGCUAAUAUCAUCCAUUAUUCUGUUAAAGCCAUUAGAGCCCUUUAAUUCAAAGUAUAUGAAACAAAAGUUCUGGUCCUUCCAAAAUAGAGUUGAGGACCACAUGGUGCUUGCCGAGAGGAACAUUUCUACGGUGUGGCCAGCUGUACUUGCUUGGUUUAUGACUAUGUAGCUCUCAGGUUGAGAAGGCUUGCAUUUCAUUCUCAGAAUCCUUUGAAAAGGACAUGUUUUCUGUGUUUUAUAAACAGAACAACAGUCUUUGUUUUUUUGGGGUUUUUUUUUUUUUGGCUUUUGGUUUUUCAAAACAGGGUUUCUUUGUGUAGCCCUGGCUGUCCUGGAACUCACUCUGUAGACUAGGCUGGUCUGAACCCAGAAAUCUGCCUGCCUCUGCCUCCCGAGUGCUGGGACUAAAGGUGUACACCACCACUGCCCGGCAGAACAACAGUCUUUACUUCAAACUAUUUUCUCUAGUAUAGAUUUGUAAUAUUGGGUACUUGAUGGAGGAAAACUGAAAAUUUAACUCUGAAUAAUAAUUACCUUUUAUAAUUUUGCAUUUCUUUUCUUUUUUUAAGAUUUAUUUAUUUAUUAUAUGUGAGUACACUGUAGCUGGCUUCAGACACCCCAGAAAAGGGCAUCAGAUCUCAUUAGGGAUGGUUGUAAGCCACCAAGUGGUUGCUGGGAUUUGAACUCAGGACUUUCAGAAGAGCAGUCAGUGCUCUUAACCACUGAGCCAUCUCUCCAGCUCCUCUUUUCUUUUUUCUUUCUUUCUUUCUUUCUUUCUUUCUUUCUUUCUUUCUUUCUUUCUUUCUUU